GGAAAAUUAUGGUUAAAUGAACCAGACAUGACUUGGAGGCAGGAAGUGCCGUUGCCGACCAGUCAAGAAUCAAAAAUUGUCCUUCAAACUCGACUAGGUCUUUCUCCAAAAGAAUUGGAAGAAGAAUUACAAGAAGAAUUGCAAGGAGAAUUGCAAGAAGAUUUGCAAGAAGAAUUGCAAGAAGAAUUGCAAGAAGAAUUGCAAGAAGAAUUGCAAGAAUUGCAAGAAGAAUUGCAAGAACAAUUGCAAGAAGAAUUGCAAGAAGAAUUGCAAGAAGAAUUGCAAGAAGAAUUGCAAGAAGAAUUGCAAGAAGAAUUGCAAGAAGAAUUGCAAGAAGAAUUGCAAGAAGAAUUGCAAGAAGAAUUGCAAGAAGAAUUGCAAGAAGAAUUGCAAGAAGAAUUAAGAAUUGCAAGAAGAAUUGCAAGAAGAAUUGCAAGAAGAAUUGCAAGAAGAAUUGCAAGAAGAAUUGCAAGAAGAAUUGCAAGAAGAAUUGUAAGAAGAGUUACAAGAAGAAUUUCAAGAAGAAUUGCAAGAAUAAUUGCAAGAAGAAUUGCAAGAAGAAUUGCAAGAAGAAUUGCAAGAAGAAUUGCAAGAAGAAUUGCAAGAAGAAUUGCAAGAAGAAUUGCAAGAAGAAUUGUAAGAAGAGUUGCAAGAAGAAUUUCAAGAAGAAUUGCAAGAAUAAUUGCAAGAAGAAUUGCAAGAAGAAUUGCAAGAAGAAUUGCAAGAAGAAUUACAAGAAGAAUUGCAAGAAGAAUUGCAAGAAGAAUUGCAAGAAGAAUUGCAAGAAGAAUUGCAAGAAGAAUUGCAAGAAGAAUUGCAAGAAGAAUUGCAAGAAGAAUUGCAAGAAGAAUUGCAAGAAGAAUUGCAAGAAGAAUUGCAAGAAGAAAUGCAAGAAGAAAAGCAAGAAGAAUUGCAAGAAGAAUUGCAAGAAGAAUUGCAAGAAGAAUUACAAGAAGAAUUGCAAGAAGAAUUGCAAGAAGAAUUGCAAGAAAAAUUACAAGAAGAAUUGCAAGAAUAAUUGCUAGAAUAAUUGCAAGAUCAGAAGGGCGGAAGUGCGCAGACGUGCUAGAUGAAUUACGGAAAUUUUACUUGCAAGGAAAAUUGCAUUACUGCAUUACAGAAAACAUUCAUAUACACAUUGGUGUCAACAAUAAGCAAAUAGUAAUUUGUGUAACAAGAGAGGAUAUUAUGGCUAUAUUGCAUAAAGACGAAGUUUAA